UGCUUUUUAAAGUUUGAAACUUUGGCGAGAAAAAGGAAUUCAAAAUUGAAAUCCUGAACUCUCAUUAUUCAUAGCAGCCAGUAAGUGGGGAGAAUUGGUUCGACUUCCACCGCCCGAAUCGCCGCUCUCCGGUUCGCGCUUUUGUUAUCUCAGGUUUAGCUAAUUGGCAAACUCACACAUGCAUUUCUGUUGGGAAAAUUAAAGAAAAUAAGAGGAAAAUGUCACUUCUGAGUAGAUUCUUUUACAAAAGACCCCCAGAUGGGUUGCUCGAAUUCGUAGAGAGAGUAUACGUAUUUGAUUCCUGUUUUUCCACUGAAGUCUUGCCUGAUGAAAUGUACCAAAUAUAUCUACAUGAAAUCAUUACUGAGUUACAUGAAGAAUUCCCCGACUCGUCCUUCCUUGCAUUCAACUUUCGGGAGGGUGAGAAACGUAGCCAAUUUGCUGAGAUAUUAUGCGAAUAUGAUGUUACAGUUAUGGAUUAUCCGCGACAGUACGAGGGUUGUCCACUCCUUCCAUUAUCUCUUAUUCAACAUUUUCUUCGUGUUUGUGAGAGUUGGCUCUUGAAUGACAAGCAACAAAAUGUUAUUCUUCUCCAUUGUGAGAGGGGAGGUUGGCCACUCUUGGCUUUCCUUUUAGCUAGCUUUCUCAUUUUCAGAAAACUGCAUAGUGGGGAACGCAAGACGCUUGAAAUUGUACAUCGAGAAGCUCCUAAAGGUUUAUUGCAGCUUUUGUCGCCUUUAAAUCCUCUCCCAUCUCAGCUGCGGUACCUUCAGUACGUGGCAAGGAGAAAUAUAGCUCCAGAGUGGCCACCUCCUGAGCGGGCACUUUCUUUAGACUGUGUUAUACUUAGAGCCAUUCCAAACUUUGAUACCCAAAAAGGCUGCACUCCAGUUAUCAGAAUUUUUGGUCGGAAUCUCCUUAGUAAGGGCGGGCUUUCAACCCAGAUGAUAUUCUCCAUGCCUAGGAAGAAGACACUUCGGAACUACCGUCAAGCAGACUGUGAUGUCAUCAAAAUUGACAUUCAGUGUUUAGUGCAAGGAGAUGUUGUAUUGGAGUGUGUCCACUUGGAUUUGGAUCCAGAGAGGGAAGUUAUGAUGUUCCGUAUUAUGUUCAACACUGCAUUUAUUCGUUCCAACAUACUGAUGCUGAAUUCUGAUAACUUGGACAUUCUAUGGGAUGCAAAGGAGCGCUAUCCAAAGGGCUUCCGAGCUGAGGUAUUGUUUGGGGAGUUUGAGAGCAUUUCUCCUCCGAGAGCUCCAACUACAACUUUGAAUGGUGAGGAGAAAGGUGGAUUGCCCCAUGAUACUUUUUCUAGGGUUCAAGAACUUUUCAAUGGAGUUGAGUGGAUUGAUAGCAAUGAUGAUGCGGCCUUGUGGUUUCUUAAACAGCUCUCUGUCCUAAGUGAUGCGAAAGAAUUGUCAAGGUUUCAAAACAAAAUGAGUUUAUAUUCAUCACCUGCUGACUCUGAAGAAGAAAAUAAUGCAUCUAGCACUGCUGACAGUGCUGAUGAAGCAUUUGACACUGUUUCCAAGGCUUCAGCAGAUUCAACAAAAGCAUUGAUGCUGGACAGUUUUGAUUCUGCCCCCUUAUCAUAUGAGAAUGAUGGCCCACCUGAUGCGAACUUUACUUCAGAGCCUCCUGAUCAAGAAUCAUUUGGACCCGUCCUGGAUUCUCUUCAUCAGCAAUCAUUAGAUACAAGUAAAGGACCUCCACCUUGUUCAUUCCCUGAAUCAUUGGCACCAAAAUCCCUAUCAACAGAACCAUUAUGUCUUGCUCUUCACACUCUACCAUCACCUCCACCGCCACCACCGCCUCCACCGCCACCACUUCCUUUUAUUGGUGUUAGUAGAGGGUCUUCACCAUCCCCACCACUUCCACCCCUUAGCAUAUCCAGUAAAGAUUCUGUGAACCGCUUACAUUUGGCUACUACAAGAAGUCCACCACCGCCGCCACCACCACCACCCCUUGUUCCAUCUCAUUUUGUCUCUAGCAAAAGCCCACUGCCACCUCCUCCCCCACCUCCACCAACUUCUUCUACAGUGCCACCGCCGACCCCACCGACUCCUCCCUUUAAGUCUAGUCAGCAGUCUUUGCCGUCACCACCACCACCACCUCCACCACCUCCACCUCCUCCGUUUUUGGGAAGUACAACUAACAAGCUACCGCCACCCCCGCCUCCCCCUCCUCCUCCACUGUCCACUUCUAGUUCUGUUUUUAGAGCACCUCCAGCUCCAUCACCUUCUCCUAUGAGUGGUAGCCUUAGUACUAAUAAUAGGGCACCACCCCCGCCUCCUCCUCCUCCACCAUCCACUUCUAGCUCUGUUUUUGGAGCACCGCCAGCUCCACCACCUCCUCCUAUGAGUGGUAGCCUUGGUACUAAUAGUAGGGCACCGCCCCCGCCUCCUCCUCCUCCACCGUCCAUUUCUAGUUCUGGGGUUGGAGCACCCCCACCUCCACCUCCUCCUCCUAUGAGUGGUAGUGUUGGUAAUUAUACUAGGUCACCACCCCCACCUCCACCUCCUUCAGGACCUACAAGGCCAACCCCACCUCCUCCACCACCAGCACCAAUGCCACCAAGUCGCGGUGCAACAACAUCUGUGCCUCCACCACCUGGAGCAAAGGGCUCUAGUGCACCACCACCACCGCCACCAUCAGUUGGAAGGGGCAAAGCGUCUUCUGGGCUGGGGAUUGUUGGAAAAGGCCGUGCUACUUCUAUUGCCCCAAAGAAAACUUCCUUAAAGCCCUUACACUGGGUGAAAGUUAAUCGAGCAAUGAAAGAGAGUUUAUGGGAGGAUUUUCAGAAACAAGGCAAUCAGCCAAGGGCUCCUGAAAUAGAUAUAUCAGAACUUGAAAGUCUGUUCUCAGCAGCCGCUGCUUCAGAUGUGCAUGGCAGUAAGACUGCUGGUCGACGUGGUCCUAACAUUACCAAACCUGAGAAAGUGCAACUGAUUGACUUGCGACGAGCGUAUAACUGUGAAAUUAUGCUUUCAAAAGUAAAGAUCCCCUUGCCAGAUAUGAUUAAUGCAGUUCUAGCUCUGGAUUCUUCUGUUCUUGACAUUGAUCAGGUUGAGAAUCUCAUUAAAUUUUGUCCUACCAAAGAAGAAAUGGAAACUUUGAAGAACUAUGCAGGCGACAAGGAAAUGCUGGGGAAGUGUGAACAGUUUUUCGUAGAGCUAAUGAAGGUUCCACGAGUAGAAUCCAAGUUACGAGUAUUUGCUUUCAAAAUUACCUUUUCUAGUCAGGUGAAUGAUUUAAGAUCUAAUCUGAAUACAAUCAAUGGUGCUGCUAAUGAGGUGAAGGAAUCUGUGAAAUUGCGACAGAUAAUGCAGACAAUCCUUACUUUGGGAAAUGCCUUGAAUCAAGGCACUGCUCGAGGAUCUGCUGUAGGAUUCAAAUUGGACAGCCUUCUUAAAUUGUCUGAUACCCGUGCAAGAAACAAUAAAAUGACUUUAAUGCAUUAUUUGUGUAAGCUCCUUGCUGAGAAAAUGCCAGAGUUGCUGGAUUUUGAUAAAGAUCUGAUUCAUUUAGAAGCUGCUUCUAAGAUUCAAUUGAAAGCUUUGGCUGAAGAAAUGCAAGCUGUGAGUAAAGGUCUGGAAAAGGUUGAGCAAGAACUUGCUGCUUCAGAAAACGAUGGAGCAAUCUCUGCUGGUUUCCAAAAAGUGCUGAAGAAUUUUCUUGAUACUGCUGAAGCUGAUGUAAGGUCGUUAAUCUCCUUGUACUCUGAAGUGGGAAGAAAUGCAGAUUCUUUGUCUCAAUACUUCGGGGAGGAUCCAGCUCGGUGUCCUUUUGAACAAGUGACACAUGUCUUGUUCGUUUUCGUCAAGAUGUUCAAAAAGUCACGAGAGGAAAAUGAAAGACUUGCUGAGGCCGAAAAAAAGAAGCUUGAAAGGGAAGCCAUUAAAGACCGGACAGUAACCAAUUCAUCUGCAAGGAAAGAUGAUGUUAAAUAGAGCACCAUGAAAUCUACAUCAUACAGUUGAUGUUUUGGUGGGUCAUUUGUUGCCAGAAACUGGUGGUCGAUUUAAGAAUCAUUUUCUACUUCACGCCCUAGUUCGACCAAGUUAACGCAAAGUACCCUGCUUCGAACUCAAAACCUUAAGCCCGCAAUUCUUUUUGAGGCAGGUUUUACUUUCUCAGAAGCUGCCGUACAGGUCAAGAUCUGUCUACCCUUAAGCUCUGUUUUUGAAGAAACUGGAAACUCGACGGCAACUUGACAUUUUCUUGUUCAGGUACAUCCUCUUCAGAGGGAUAAAUUAUGCGUAUGGUUAAAUACAACUUGCUCAAUUGUAUUCGAGCUGUAAAUAUUAUAACUAGAUAUGCUAGAUGCUAGCACUGUAAUCUUUUCGUCACUAAUGUCGAAAGGUUUUGUACCAUCUCAUCGGAAAGGGUUACGUUUUGUGAAUAUUUCUUUUUGGCUUUGGAUGAUAUUUGAUGAAUUAUCCAUCAAACAUCUUGAGUCACAUGAGCAAAAGCUACUGAGCUAUUUCAUAUCUUA